AUGGGGGUAUCACCGGACUUUGUGGCAGCGCUUGGACUUCUUGCAAACUUCACAGGAAUCAGCACCACCCUGAGCCCUGUGCCAACAUUCAUUCGAGUGGUCAAGAACCGGAGCACUGAGAAGUUUUCCUGCUUCCCAUACAUCGCCACCCUGCUUUCCAGUCUGGUGUGGCUCAUAUAUGGCUUGGUCACUCCUGGGAGCAUGGCAGUUGUGACCAUCAAUGUAUUUUCGGUCACCGUCCAAGGGACAUACUGCGCCAUCUUUCUUUACUACGCCAGCUCCGCCGAAGUACUGGCCACCACCCGCAAGCAGCUCAUCUUCGUCGCGCUUGCCGCGGCCGCGACCGCGGUCCUCGCCUUCGGCGUCUUCACAGAUGACCGGCGGAGCGAAGUCGUCGGCUCAUUCGGCGACCUACUCUCAAUCAUUUCCGUCGCCGCACCUCUCUCCGUUCUGGGACUGGUGAUCCGGACCAAGAGCGUCGAGUAUCUGCCGCUGCCUCUGUGCGUCAACAACCUGCUCAACUCGUGCGCCUGGGGCACCUUCGCCAUCUUCAAGGACGACGUCUAUAUCGGGGCUAUCCGGAGUCCGCUCACGGCACAGAAUCUCUCGCAGGCACCGAAUGUCCCGGGCGUCAUUCUCGGCCUCAUCCAAGUCGGCCUCCACUGCAUCUACGGCGCCCCCUUCUCCCGCGCCAAGCUGCAGCAGUUCCCGCCCGCGCGGCGGAACAGCGUUUCUUCCCGUGCAGCUCACAAGAGCGAGAAGACAUCGCUUCUGAGCCCGGAUCCAGAGGACCAGCUUCCAGUCUCCCCCAAAAUGCACUCCCCUCUUCUGGGGGGUCUGGAACGGGUGAACAGCAGCGUGCUGGACCCCGGGGAAAUGGAGCGCCCGGGAAUCGACCUGUCAGUCGUCACCGAAGCUUCGCCGGUGGAUCACUACCCGGACGGGAAGCGUGUGAGCUACAUCUCGCCGGCGGAUGGGAAGUACCCGUUGCUCGAGGCGAAUGGGGAGGCGACACAUGGCAAUCGACGGCCGUCGGCGAGUCAGCAGUACCCUGUCAUGGAGAAGGCGCACUUGAUGCCGGAGGCGGGGCACGUGACGCCGACACGUGGACAGACCGGGCAAACAGCGCAGCUCCGUCGGCCGUCGAUCAGCAUGCAAUACCCGUUGGUUGAGAGCGCGCACCAAAUGGGGGCGGGGAGCGCGUCGAGAAGGCAAAGCAAAAGGCUUCAAGAGGAGGACCCCGAAGCCGCGUUGCUUCGACGAACGAGCGGUGGGGUGGACAACCUGUUUGUAGCUCAACCGGGGCCUCAUACACCGGUUGCGGACGGAAGAUCGGAUUCGACGUCGUGGGAAGCGCUGGUGCAGGGGCAGGUUUUGAUUGAGAACAUGAGCUUCGAGCCGAAGAGGGAUGCGUGA